AUGCUCCCAACAUAUGUCUCGUCGUCGGCACAGAAGGAGAAGAUGAACAGACAUGGAUACAGUGGUGCCAACGGGCAUGCGAGAGGCGCCGGCGCCUAUUCGCCAGCCAGCUCCAAUGGGGGCUUCAGUAUCCGGCCAGACAAAUACGAGAAAUACCAGCCGCGAUCUGCGCGCAAUAUGUUUUUGAGGCGACGGGGAACGCUUAUACGUGUGGGCAGUGCCUGCGCGAUAGUAUUGCUCGUACUUAUGAUCUUCUUCCCUUCACUACGACCCGCUGCGCUACUAGCACCGCUUUCCUUGGGACUUUUCGCUGGCGGCGAAGAAUUUCAGCUCGAAACAGUACGAUACUACGACCUUGCGAAUGUGGCCGGCACAAGUCGAGGAUGGGAGAGGGAAGAGCGCAUAUUACUAUGCGCACCACUACGAGACGCCGCACCGCAUCUGCCCAUGUUCUUCUCACAUCUCCGGAACUUGACCUACCCCCACAACCUGAUCGACCUGGCGUUUUUGGUUGGUGACAGCAAGGAUAACACCCUUCCGCUCCUGUCAGAUCUUCUGGCCGAGCUGCAAGCGCAAGAGAACCCGAAGAUGGCAUUUGGAGAGAUUUCGGUGAUUGAGAAGAACUUUGGUCAGACUGUGAAUCAGGAUGUGGAAAGCAGACACGGUUUCGCCGCUCAGGCAAGCCGCAGAAAAAGCAUGGCCCAGGCGCGGAACUGGCUGCUUUCAGCGGCACUACGACCGACACACAGUUGGGUCUACUGGAGGGAUGUCGAUGUGGAGACUGCACCCUUUACAAUUUUGGAAGACCUGAUGAGACACAACAAGGAUGUCAUUGUACCAAAUGUCUGGAGACCUCUGCCAGACUGGCUAGGUGGAGAGCAGCCAUAUGACUUGAACAGCUGGCAGGAGUCCGAAACAGCACUUGCGCUGGCAGACACCCUCGACGAGGACGCUGUGAUUGUGGAAGGUUACGCCGAGUAUGCGACCUGGCGACCACAUUUGGCGUACCUUCGCGAUCCUUACGGCGACCCCGACAUGGAGAUGGAAAUCGAUGGUGUUGGUGGUGUCAGCAUUCUGGCCAAAGCAAAGGUUUUUCGAAGUGGCGUGCACUUUCCUGCAUUUAGCUUUGAAAAGCAUGCAGAGACCGAAGGUUUCGGAAAGAUGGCCAAGCGGAUGAAAUAUACGGUAGUCGGAUUGCCCCACUAUACCAUUUGGCAUUUGUAUGAACCGAGCGUGGAAGACAUUCGCCACAUGGAGGAAAUGGAGAUCGAGCGCAAGGCGCGCGAGCAAGAAGAGGCGGAGAAGAAGGAACGAAUGGACAAGAUUAACAGCCAGUUCGAAGAGGGCGCUUCCCAAUGGGAGAAGGACAAGGAGGGAAUGCGCGAAAUGUCGGACAAGGCCGCGCAAGAAAAGGCCAGCGAGAAAGCUAGGCAGAAGCAGAUGAAGCAGAACGUUGACGAGGACUCGGUUGCGGAUGACGCUGGUAGGAAGUUCGCGGACAGCUUCUCGCUGGAGCAACAGAAGGAGUGA